GUUUCGCGUUGGAAGAAGCGAGCGGGCCUGGCCGUUCGGUGCCUUGGAAGCUGCCUGUCGCUGCGUAUCCCCGGCUGGGCGAGGAGGCGGAAGGAGGCGGCGGCGGGGUGGAGAGUUCUCUGGGGCUGAGGCAGGAGGAACCGUUUGGGAGAGGGUCGUGUGGGGGCCCCUGAGCGCGGCAGGGCCGAGGCUGCGCCCUCCUGGGCUGCCUUCCUCUCCGAGGUCGAUGGCAGCGCUCCUGGCCCCGCGUCCUCCUCUCUCCUCAGGCUGCCCAGGAGCGCCGGGCGGAGGCUGAUCCUCUCGCCGCCUUCCCCUCGAGUGUCUUCCUGGGACGAGCAUGAGAAGAUGAACCAGAAAGACACUUUCGUGCACCUGUUUGCUGGAGGAUGUGGGGGCACCGUAGGUGCGAUUCUGACAUGUCCACUAGAAGUUGUGAAAACACGGCUGCAGUCUUCCUCUGUUACACUCUACAUCUCUGAAGUUCAGCUGAAUACUGUGAAUGGUGCCAGUGUUAAUCGUGUAACUAGAGUUUCCCCAGGGCCUCUCCAUUGCUUAAAGAUGAUUUUACAGAAGGAAGGCCCUCGCUCACUAUUCCGGGGAUUGGGUCCUAAUUUGGUAGGCGUGGCUCCAUCCAGAGCAAUAUAUUUUGCUGCAUACUCCAAUUGCAAGGAAAUGCUGAAUAAUAUAUUUGAGCCAGAAUCUACCAAGGUACACAUGACCUCAGCUGGAGUAGCAGGUUUCACUGCAAUCACCGCAACCAAUCCAAUUUGGCUAAUAAAGACACGAUUACAACUUGAUGCAAGGAAUCGUGGAGAAAAACGGAUGAGUGCUUUUGAAUGUGUGCGCAGGGUUUAUCAGACAGAUGGAAUUAAAGGCUUUUACCGAGGAAUGUCUGCGAGCUAUGCAGGCAUAUCAGAAACUGUUAUUCACUUUGUUAUUUAUGAGAGUAUUAAGCGAAGACUUUUGGAGUAUAAGUCUGCUUCUGCUAUGGAUGAGGAAGAUGAAACUGUCAAAGAAGCAUCUGACUUUGUUGGCAUGAUGAUGGCUGCAGCUACUUCGAAAACUUGUGCUACAUCCAUAGCCUAUCCACACGAGGUUGUACGAACAAGACUACGAGAAGAAGGAACAAAGUACAGGUCUUUUUUUCAGACACUGUCUUUGCUUGUGCGAGAAGAAGGCUAUAACGCCCUAUACCGUGGCCUAACAACGCAUCUGAUUAGACAGAUUCCAAACACAGCUAUAAUGAUGUCUACAUAUGAAGUGGUAGUCUACUUACUGAAUGGAUAGCAAUAUUACCAGCUGUGUUCAGGAAGAUGGAAGACCAAAAGCUUGCAGUGGACCAUGAACUCUCAGUGUGGGUAGGUAGGAGUAAUAUCUAUCAAGAACAUGCAGCUAUGGACAAAAUGGAAGGCUGGUAGGCAGUCAUGCUGCCUCAUCAUAUGGCAUCUUUUGCAAUGUGAUGAUCUGAAGCUGCUCCUAAAGGAUUGCCUUUAAACUCCUCAUAUUUCAACAUUGCAAUUUUCUCCUAUUGUGUCAACUUUUCUAACGCUAUGCAGUGAGCAUCAGACACUUGGUUGUGAGCAAGGAGGGACAUAACAACAUGUGUGUUCUCACUGGAAAGCGUACAUCUCUUUUUCGACUCGUUUUCAUUGCUGGUUUAAAAUUCAUUUUCUGUUACUGCACAGUAGCCAGUUUGAAGGGUAUGCCUGUGUACAUUUAAAGCAGAUUCAUAAAUGCUUAUCUCUUGAAACUCCACUUUUGCAGUCUGAAAUAAAAUGAAAGACAAAGAUUCA